AGCAGCGCAAAUAAAACGCCCGAACAUUUUUCUUGCUUUUGAUGUUUAAAUUAUUGAUAUAACUCGGCAUAUUUUGGUUGGUUCUGGCGACCGUUGUGUUCAAAGCGAAGAAACCAGAACUAUAAGUGCACAAAGAAUGUCGUCUUCGGAAAAGACUCAUUUCUCAAUGUGCAAAGAAUCUCCACUACAGACAAGUUCAUCAAAUACAGACUUGUCUAGUUUUGCUGCCUCUUUUGUAGAACAUAUUUUAGAUAAAAUUGUGUUAAAAUCUACGAACAUCCAGUCUUCUUCUGAAUUACAAUUAAAUACGAUCGAUCAAUCGAGUGAAGAUUCUCUUGAUGAUAAAAUUUGUCAGGUAAGUGAUGAGAACUCUUCAGACGCUGAGACUGAAAACAGCUACGAAGAAAUGGAUAGAUGUUUAAAGUAUGAUUUCCCUUACGUCCUAAACUCUGGCAAUCACCGACAUGAGUCCAUGUUUAGGUCGCCUUCUUUUCAAAGUGCACCAAUAUUAGACGAAGACAUUUCAACAUACAAUCCAAUACAGAACCAUAAAUUUUCUUUUGAAAGAAGCAAAAAAGAAUGUAAUUCAGAGAAUUCUGAUAAAUCUUCUACACAAGUUAGUCAUCAACUACAUCAAAACCCGUUCAUAUUGCUGGGUGGCCAUCUAAAGCGGAAACAGAUUAGUGUGGCUCCGUCUUUCUUGCGGUCUCACUCAGAAUCCUCGUACCUUCACGAAGUUUUCUAUCGGAGACCUAAUUCAUUACUCAAAUCCGAUUAUAUAGACAGUUGUACAUACGAGAAAGAUCGCAAUAAAUUCCUGUUGGAGGUGGAAAAUCUGUGCCGGAAGAAAGAGACAGACGUACAUCAUCGGAUCAUGACGGAAAUCGUGGAAGCAUCUUUAUCAUCGGACGUUCCAGAUUCCAACGAGCAGAACUCAGUAGACAACACCAAAGAACGACAGAACAAAAUCGAAGGAAUUUCUACUUUUCUCUGCAAGGAAUUGAAGGAACAUUAUAGAAUGAUGAAAUGUACUGCUGCCACCGGUUAUCAAAUCGGUUACGACACGGCCACAAUUCACUCGAAAGCUUUGAUUGAUGAACUCCGGACAAAAGAAUUCAUGCUUGAUUAUUUCCGAAGAGAGAAUCACAGAAUGACGGAAUGUCUAAUUGAAAAAGAACGUGAAUGGUCGAAGCUAAAGAACAGGCUGUAUUCUGAGAUUUCUAAAUUAAGGAAAGACAUGGUUUCGUCUAUCAACAAGCAAAUGCAUGCGGGCAGAGAAGGAAUGGUGACAGUACCAUCAAAAAGGUUGCAUUUUCUUAUAGAUAAAUUCUAUAACGAAGAAAAGAUGUUUUCGGUUGUUAUGGAAAAGGAACAGAAAAUCAACGAACUGAAACUGCUUCUUUACCAACAGCAGAUGACGAACCGAGAACUGCAAGAAAAACUGUUACAGUCGUAUUACAAUCCUCACGCCUAUGACACCGUAUCACAGAGCACUAUGAGAGAAAACUUUAUCCGGGGCAUGAAUCGUGCUACAAUAUCUGACUACCUUGACAUUAAUGCUGGCUGCACUGUACCCUACGUUUCUCAGCAUCCGGAGGAAAACUUCCUAGAUGGCUUUAACAUCGGAGGAGACGAUAGCAGUACGAACAGAGUUGAAGGUCUACCAGGAACAAGCUCCUCUUCGCACUACCAAAUCGAUAGCAUCUGAAGGUACAAGAUGGCUGGGGAUGUAAUAAAAUGUCAUGAACAACAUCAA